AUUGGAGGAAAGGUGGGUGAGAGGAAUCAAGUGUGAAAAAAGGGAUCUUUCCGCCGUUGUGAGUGGAAAUUUUGUUUGCAGAGAGACAUGGCGCCUGAUUAUUGGAUUACGUCUCUCACCUGUGCAAGUUCUGCUAUUCAAUCCCCGGUUGAAUGGUUGAGAUUCAUCUUCUUAUCUCCAUGCCCUCAACGAGCGCUCUUCUCCGCCAUCGAUCUUAUCUUCUUGCUCGUCUUCUUCGUCUUUGCCGUCCAGAAGCUUUGUUCCAGACUCCGCUCUCAUGGCCAUUCCGACUCUUCUAUUGAUAAACCCCUGCUCGAAAACAAGAGAAACCAUCUCAGAACUACUCUAUGGUUCAAGCUUUCCCUGAUUCUAACGGUGCUGUUAGCAGUAUCAAUCACUGUGCUCUGCAUUCUCACCUUCAUCAGAAGCACCGAACCGGCAUGGAAGAUACCUGAAGUUGUUUUUCUGCUAAUACAAGCCGUGACGCACUUGGCUAUUGCGAUUCUGAUCGCUCACGAGAAGAAAUUUGAGGCCGCGUUUCAUCCGAUGACCCUUCGAGUUUACUGGGUCGUGAACUUCGCUGUUGUCUGCUUGUUCGCUGCUUCAGCCAUCAUUCGGUUGAGCUCUGUACAAUGGAACCAUGAUUCAGAGUUAACGAAGGAUGAUGCGUUCUUCAUUAUCAACAUCCCUAUAUCUGCUUUUCUUCUACUUGUCGCCAUUAGAGGAUCGACUGGGAUUAAGACGACGAGCGAAACGCAAUCUGGGUUGGAGCCAGAUGAGAAAUUUAAAGAACCUUUACUGCUCGAACCGAACGUGAGUCGCUACGCUUCAGCUUCUUGGAUGUCUAGGGCAGUAUGGUUUUGGAUGAAUCCCCUGCUAAGUAAAGGCUACAAAUCUCCUCUGAAGACCGAGGAUGUGCCAUCGCUUGCGCCUGAACACAGGGCGGAAAGAAUGUCAGAGCUUUUCGAAUCCAAUUGGCCCAAACAAGCCGAGCAAUCGCAGCACCCAGUUCGAACCACAUUGCUUCGGUGCUUCUGGACGGAACUCCUCUUCACUGCUUCCCUUGCGAUCGUACGCCUCUGCGUCAUGUAUGUAGGUCCAACUCUGAUCCAAAGAUUCGUCGAUUUCACUUCAGGGAAGGGAAGUUCCCCCUACGAGGGUUACUAUCUCGUAACGAUCCUUCUCGUCGCGAAGUUCUUCGAAGUGCUGACUUCCCAUCAGUACAAUUUUAACUGUCAGAAGAUCGGAAUGCUUAUUCGGUCCUCGCUGAUCACAUCUCUGUACAAGAAGGGCCUGAGGCUGUCGUGCUCGGCAAGGCAAGAACAUGGAGUCGGGCAAAUCGUGAAUCACAUGUCCGUCGACGCUCAGCAGCUCUCCGACAUGAUGAUGCAGCUGCACAGUCUGUGGUUGAUGCCCAUCCAAGUUACCACCGCCUUCGUUCUCCUCUUCGGCUACUUCGGCGUAUCUGUGAUCGUAUCAUUUCUAGGGCUCCUAUCGGUUCUUCUAUUCACCUUGUUCGGAACCAAACGGAACAACCGUUUCCAGUUCAAUGUGAUGAAGAAUCGUGAUUCGAGGCUGAAGGCGACGAACGAGAUGCUGAACUACAUGCGAGUGAUUAAGUUCCAAGCUUGGGAGGAGCACUUCAACAAGAGAAUCCAAGAUUUCCGUGAAGCAGAGUACGGGUGGCUCACCAAGUUCAUGUACUCCGUUUACGGCAAUAUAGUGGUGAUGUGGAGCACCCCCGUGUUGGUUGCGUCGCUCACGUUUGGGGCGGCGAUCUUGAUGGGUGUUCCGCUCGAUGCAGGGAAGGUAUUCACGCUGACGACGUUCGUCAGGAUCUUGCAGGAGCCAAUCAGAGCGUUCCCACAGGCACUGAUUGGUCUCUCGCAGGCAAUGAUCUCGCUCGGCAGGUUGGACUCUUACAUGACCAGUCGGGAGAUUAUGGACGGAGUGGUGGAGAGGGUGGACAGUUGCAGCGGUGACGUCGCCGUCGAGGUAAAGGAUGGGGCGUUCACGUGGGACGAUGAGAGCAGCGAAGCUUUGAUGCGAGAUUUGAAUUUGGUGAUCAAGAAGGGGGAACUUGCCGCCAUUGUCGGGACCGUUGGAUCGGGGAAGUCAUCCCUACUUGCGGCGAUUCUCGGCGAAAUGCCCAAAAUUUCCGGAACGGUGAGAGUUUGUGGAACCACUGCUUAUGUGGCACAGACUUCCUGGAUCCAGAAUGGAACCAUCCAAGACAACAUCCUGUUUGGUUUGCCAAUGAACACAGAAAGAUACAGGGAAGCAAUCAGGGUUUGUUGCUUGGAGAAGGACUUGGAAAUGAUGGAGUUCGGUGACCAGACUGAGAUUGGAGAGCGUGGUAUCAACCUCAGUGGUGGGCAGAAGCAGCGUAUACAGCUUGCCAGGGCUGUUUAUCAGGACUGUGAUAUCUACCUCCUUGAUGAUGUCUUCAGUGCCGUUGAUGCUCAAACCGGUUCAGAAAUAUUCAAGGAAUGCGUGAGAGGAGCCCUUAAAAAUAAGACCGUUUUGCUCGUAACCCACCAAGUUGACUUCUUGCACAAUGCUGAUCUCAUUCUGGUCAUGCGAGAUGGGAGGAUUGUACAAGCUGGAAGGUACCAUGAGAUUAUGGAAUCUGGCAUUGAUUUUAAAGCACUUGUCACUGCACAUGAAACAUCCAUGGAGCUGGUUGAUAUUAGUGCAAAUGGAUCUGGUGAAAACUCCCUACAAACACCAAAAUCUCCCGAAGCUUCAUCAAACCAAGAAGAACCCAAUGGUGUAAAUGGGUCUGUUGAGCAGUCCAAAUCUGAGAAGGGAACCUCAAAGCUCAUUAAAGACGAGGAGAGAGAAACCGGACAAGUUGACUUGCAGGUGUACAAGCUUUAUUGCACUGAGGCGUUUGGGUGGUGGGGAGUUGCAGCUGUACUACUAACAUCUCUGGCAUGGCAGGCAUCUCUAAUGGCAAGUGACUAUUGGUUGGCAAAUGAGACUAAAGAAGAUAAUGCUUCUUCUUUCAGACCCUCUCUGUUUAUUGAUGUCUACGUAGCGAUAUCAGCAGCUUCAAUUGUUUUGGUGCUGAUCAGAUCUAUCCUUGUCGCCUAUAUGGGGCUCAAGACAGCUCAAAGUUUCUUCAAGCGGAUUCUUCAUAGCCUCUUACAUGCUCCAAUGUCAUUUUUUGAUACCACACCUUCAGGAAGAAUUCUGAGUCGGGCGUCAACAGACCAGACUAAUGUUGAUCUUUUCCUCCCCUUCUUUUUGAGUAUGACAAUUGCCAUGUACAUUACAGUGAUCAGCAUCAUCAUUAUUACUUGUCAGUAUGCUUGGCCAACAAUCUUCCUAAUUAUACCAUUGGGUUGGCUGAAUAUCUGGUACAGGAGUUAUUACCUUGCAACAUCUCGUGAGGUGACUCGCCUUGAUUCAAUCACCAAAGCACCUGUUAUUCAUCAUUUCUCAGAAAGCAUUGCCGGGGCUAUGACAGUACGGUGCUUUAGGAAGCAAGGGAGAUUUAUUCAGGAGAAUAUUGACAGGGUCAAUGCAAAUUUGCGUAUGGAUUUUCACAAUAAUGGAUCGAAUGAAUGGUUGGGAUUCCGCUUAGAAUUGAUUGGCAGUAUCAUCCUUUGCAUUUCUGCAAUAUUUAUGGUCUUCUUGCCUAGCAGUAUCAUCCAACCUGCAUAUGUGGGUCUAACUCUCUCCUACGGUAUGGCUCUCAAUGGUGUACUGUUUUGGGGCAUAUUUUUGAGUUGCUUUGUGGAGAACCGAAUGGUAUCUGUCGAGAGAAUAAAACAAUUCACAAACAUUCCAUCUGAAAAACCAUGGAGGAUCAAAGACUGUCUGCCUUCUCCAAAUUGGCCAACCGAGGGCAAUAUCAAUCUGAAGGACUUGCAGGUUAAAUAUCGACCAAACACUCCUCUGGUUCUGAAAGGCAUCACUCUCAACAUCCAAGGAGGAGAGAAGAUUGGUGUUGUUGGUCGAACUGGGAGCGGCAAGUCAACUUUGAUCCAAGUUUUUUUUAGGUUGGUGGAGCCUUCAGGGGGCAAAAUAAUUAUUGAUGGGGUCGACAUUUGCACACUGGGCCUUCAUGAUCUCAGAUCUCGUUUUGGGAUAAUUCCCCAAGAACCAGUCCUUUUUGAAGGAACUAUCCGAAGCAAUGUUGACCCCGUUGGACUGUAUUCAGAUGAAGAAAUAUGGAAGGUACAUACUUAUUCGCAGAGCCUUGAACGCUGCCAACUAAAGGAAGUGGUGGCUGCUAAACCAGAGAAACUUGAUGCUCCAGUGGUUGAUGAUGGGGACAAUUGGAGCGUGGGACAAAGGCAGCUUAUUUGUUUGGGGCGUGUAAUACUUAAGCGCAGCAGGCUUUUGUUUUUGGAUGAAGCAACUGCUUCUGUUGAUUCACAAACCGAUGCUGUCAUACAAAGAAUUAUCAGAGAGGAAUUCUCAGCCUGCACAAUUAUAAGCAUUGCUCAUAGAAUACCCACAGUCAUGGACUGUGAUAGAGUGUUGGUUAUAGAUGCUGGACGAGCAAAAGAGUUUGACAAACCAUCUCGGUUGCUUGAGAGGCCCUCUCUAUUUGGGGCAUUGGUUCAGGAGUAUGCCAAUCGUUCUCAUGGUUUAUAGACAUUGACUGGGUUCUCCUAAAUUACUACUAAAAGGUACAAUUUGCGUGUUGCGCCCAUCUCCAUUGACCUCAGCGAUUAGUGAUUGCAGAACUGAUGGCACAAAUUCAACUACCAGGCAGUAGAAUUUCCAUCUGCCAGUGCCUCGCCCACAAACAUUUUCUUUCAGAUCAUUUAUCAAGUUGCUUUAUCUAAUAUACUAGCAUCAUAUAUAGUUUUAAGGGGUCAAAAUACCAAGGAAACCAUCCAUCAAUUUGUUCAUAUUGAUUAUCUUUACUUUUUAGGGGUUUUUGCUCUUUCAUGUGAGGAUUCUUUACUGUGUUGGAAACAUAUUUAUUAUGGAUGUGUUCGGAAGAAAAAAAAAGGAACACAUGUAAUCCCCACACAAUGAAAUUAUUUUGAAUGAACUACUGGAGGACCAUUUCAAGGACAGUUGCUAUUCAUGGGAACUUGCUCAUUUACA